UCCACAACAUGGCUUUUUUGACAAUUUAAAAACUCACUGUGACAUUUAUAUAUCUUUAUUCGUAGGACCCAUAAAAGGAAAAUAUGCAAAGCAAGCGUAAUACUCCGGCUGUCUUUGGUUAAAAAAUUUCAUGUAAUCAUGUUGGUUAGCUUCAUAUAUAGAUCUUAUAAAAUCAAAAUUUAAAUUUCAAGAUUGCGUCUUAACAUAUGCUAAUUUCAUGUUGAGACUAUCCGAGGCAGAUGUGCAUAAUCAUGGCUUCCUUUUGCUCAUGUGGAACGAUGUAUGCUGAUAUUACAUCUUGUAUCUAUUUUCUUAUGUUGAUUUUCCCCAUAUCUAACUCGGUUUAUUUCCAAGUAGCUCGUUUUGAUUCCGAUGCAAAAGAAGUGGUCUAUAUAGGCGAUGCAGUGCCUUCUUUUGGAGCUGUGGAAUUCAACAGUGUUGUCUACUGUUGUCGUGUUGGCCAAGUCCUUUAUAAACAGAGAGUUCCCUUAUGGGAUUCAAAUUCAGGAAAGCUUUCAGAUUUUGUUACUCAUUUCUCUUUUGUAAUCGACACCCAAAAGUUUGUCCCCUAUGGCCAUGGCCUUGCUUUCUUUCUUGCUCCAGUUGGUUUCACAACUCCUCUUAACUCAGCUGCUGGCUUUCUAGGCCUCUUUAACUCAACAACUAGUGAUAAUCCAUCUCAAGGCCCAAUUGUUUCUGUAGAGUUUGACUCCUACUCCAACCAGGAAUGGGAUCCUCCUAUGGAACACGUAGGAAUCAACAGGAAUUCACUUUCUUCGGUUGCAUACGCUCCUUGGAAUGCUAGUUUGCACAAUAAAGCUACUGCGAAUGCUUGGGUUUCUUAUAAUUCCACUACUAAGAAUCUAAGUGUGUUUUGGACCUAUGAAAGGAACCCCAGUUUUCAAGGAAACUCAAAUCUUUCUUAUCAAAUUGAUCUCAAAGAGGUUCUUCCUUCAUGGGUCACUAUCGGCAUCACAGCUUCCACUGGUCAGUAUAUGGAGAGACAUACCCUUCAGUACUGGGAGUUCAACUCAAGCUUGGAUAUAAAAGAUGACAAUAAAACGACAUCACAAAAGGUGAAGCUGGGUGUCGGGUUAGCAGUGCCAUUAGGUGUUCUACUAGCAGGAGGCAUAAUAGCAUAUAGUAUUAUCUAUUUGAGGAAUCACAUGAGUCCUUCAGAUGAAACAUUAGAGACAAUCAACCUGUCUUCAAUCAAUGAUGAUCUUGAAAGAGGAGCAGGGCCCAAAAGAUUUUCUUACAGAGAUCUUGCUUUGGCUACUAAUAACUUCGCUGAUGACCUCAAGUUGGGUGAAGGAGGAUUUGGUUGUGUUUACAGGGGAUACCUCAGCCGUGAAAGAAAAGUAGUUGCAGUUAAAAAGAUUUCAAGUGGAUCUAAACAGGGAAAGAAGGAAUAUAUAACAGAAGUGAAGGUCAUAAGCAGUCUAAGGCAUAGAAACUUGGUGCAACUCAUAGGUUGGUGCCAUGAUGAUAAUCAGUUUCUACUAGUUUAUGAGUUUAUGCCAAAUGGUAGUCUUGACACUCAUCUUUUUGGGAAAAUGGAUCCCCUUUCUUGGAGUGUGAGGUACAAGAUAUCAUUAGGUUUGGCUUCUGCCUUGUUUUAUCUUCAUGAGGAAUGGGAACAAUGCGUGAUACAUCGUGAUAUUAAAUCAAGCAAUGUGAUGCUAGAUUCGGGAUUUAAUGUGAAGCUUGGAGAUUUUGGGUUAGCUCGACUUAUGGACCAUGAGUUAGGUCCACAGACAACUGGUAAUUUAGCAGGAACAUUAGGAUACAUGGCACCUGAGUAUGUAAGAACCGGUAAAGCUAGCAAGGAAUCGGAUGUUUAUAGUUUUGGGGUGGUUGCAAUGGAAAUCUGUUGUGGAAGGAAAGCUAGGGAUUGUAUUGAUGGGGAUUCUGAAAUGGGAUUGGUGGAUUGGGUUUGGUGUUUGCAUGGAAAAGGGGAGAUUCUUUCGGGAGUUGAUGAGAGGUUGAAUGGAGAUUUUGAUGAAGAACAAGGUAAGUGCUUGAUGAUGGUUGGAUUAUGGUGUGUGCUCCCUGAUCGAAGUCUGAGGCCAUCUAUAAGACAAGCGAUUCAAGUUCUUAAUUUUGAGGCCCCUAUUCCCAAUAUUUCAGUGAAUAUGCGUGUUCUUGGAUACCAUGCAUCAGCUACUCCUACAAGCACUUCUGGAGAUCCUUUCUUAACUUCUUCAAGUAUCAAUAUAGGUCGUUAAACUACAUGUUGUUUCAAGUUGAGGAUUUCCGUUUCUAUAUAUUUCCUUUAAAUAAGUA